CGAACGCUUGGAAUUCGUGCACAUAGCCCUAUUUCAACAGAUUUCUCGCAACUUCAUAUGGUGUGUAGCCUAGUAGUAUGUUUUACAACACCAUUAAAAUAAGAUAAUGCGCUCCCUUCCGUUAUGGGGAAAGUUCCCGUUACUUCUAUGAUCUGAGAGCAAAAAGGAGAGCUUUCAAAGGUAGCUUUCACUGCGCUAUUGUAUUACGUUCUAUACUACGUAGUCCUACGCAGCUAUCCGCCGUCCACGACUGUAAACCCAACGCCACAAUAUGUUGUAUUAUUGCUCCGUGCUCCUCGGUGUAAUUUCUCUUAAAUUAAAAUAAAUAAAACGGAUUCACAUGUGAAAGUAGGCGUACAGCGUUUGCACCUUUCAGAAGCCACAGCCCUUUUUGUCCAGGCUCCAGCCUGUAUGCUUGUUACGUCUCCCGUGGCUCGCUGUCAAAGCGAAGGAAAAAAACCAACAGCGACAUUACACUUGUGACAGAUUAGAAGGUGUAGCUAGUCUCUGAACCGGACAACUCAUUUUCGACCUUGUGAGCGGCUACCGGACGUUGCAGAUUGUACGACAGGCUACAUUGCUUUACCGGAGCGUGAAUUACUAUGGAGAUUCCAGUUGGGUUAGGAGGAGUUUCAGAUGCCACAAACGCCGUUUUUCGCGGACCUUACCAAAACGUUUUCCACAGCCUUCAAGUGGCAUUUCAGAGUCACGGUGCCGUCUCCAGGAGCUUAGAUUUUCCAAAUACAAAGUACGGUUUUUUACAAAACAGACAUUUCUGUGAAAUGCGUCAGGAGAACAAGCAGCCGCCAUGCAAAGGACUCGGCCUAUUUUACGGGAACCAUCGUAAUUCGGACACUGGGACAAACGAAGACGACAUCGCUUGUUUUUCCAGACAGUCCGACGCUGAAGCCAGACCUGGUAUUUUUUCUGAAAGCUCAUUGGAUACUGGAGACGAGAUUACUUGCAAACUCCAGUCAGACAACCAAGGGGUAAGAGCGAGCGGUCCUCUCCUACCGGGCUCUAGCGGCUGCAAUUCGGGACAAAAGUCCUCCCUUGCUUGUACGUCCCAACAAAGGGAGACAACAUCUCAAAGUGACACCUGCGCAGGAGAGAGCUGCUCGGAACAUCAAGCAACUACCAUUUCGGACACUGCGCGCGAAUUGUGCAACGCCGUUUCCGUGUCGCUGGGCUUGAAUUUAGAUCUUAAUGAUAUGAAUGACCUAAGUUCAAACCACAUAUCGUCUGCCGAAAGUGACACAAGUCAAGCCAUCUACUUAUUUGAAUCUUCACCUGGGUAUACUGGGGUCGGACUGAACGCCUUGGUAAGAGACUGUAAAUGUCAGAGUGCACGCGAAGGGACAUCGACACAACAGUACGAGCGUGGGGCAAUGUUUAAGAUAAACCGUGUAAAUGACUUGCCGCUUCAGCCAGCACCCCCGCGACACACCAGCGUUAGCGAUGCUAAAUGGGACAUGCAAGCAGGUUUGUGUGCGCAGAUGGAGCACAAAGACUCUGAAAAGUGCGCGAAUAUGGAUGGUGCACACUCCACUUCUGUCUUCUCCCAGUUCGACCAACUGUUGCCAGUAAACCCGUCGCACUACAGUCAGAACGUUUCGGUCAGAGUGGAACCACAAAGUGAUUUCUCUCCGAUUUUGUACAAAUCACCUGGUAUUCAGAAAAAUGCCGAAAAGUACAAUGUCCAAUAUGAUGCCACAAUUAAAUCAGAAGAUGGGAAAACGACAUCUGAACGGGAAUGGGGUUUUCAGUACAGGUACAAUGAAAGCUGCAGCGCACCGUCAGCACCUCCUAGACAUUGUGCACAUCAAAACAGGGCCGGACCGUACAACCAGUUCUUUUUUAAUCCAUUUGAAUAUGCGAAAAGAGGUGUUGUCUCAAGGGAAGGAUAUUCUCUCGAACAUGGGUUCCCAAAUAAUCUCGCUCGGACACCCUACUCUGGUUCCUUGAAAAACGAACUAGGAGAUCGUCUGAGUGGGCCAUACCCUGACGUCAGUUACAGGUACGAGGGCGAGCGGGAGAACGUGUUCCCCGUGGAGUUCUUCUUUCCGCCGCAGAGGACCUGCCUGAUCUGCGGGGACGAGGCCUCGGGCUGUCACUAUGGAGCCCUCACCUGCGGCAGCUGCAAGGUGUUCUUCAAGAGGGCCGCGGAAGGGAAACAGAAGUACCUGUGCGCCAGCAUCAAUGAUUGCACCAUUGAUAAACUUCGAAGGAAGAACUGCCCCUCUUGCCGUCUCAAAAGGUGCUUCGCUGCCGGAAUGACCCUCGGAGCGCGGAAGCUGAAGAAGAUCGGGCAAAUGAGGGCCCCCGAGGAUGGCCAGGGGCAGGGCCCGGCGGAAGCGGAGCUGAGCGUCUCCCCCAAGUACGACCUGGGCUUCCACACCCAGUCCAUGUUCCUCAACAUCCUGGAGGCCAUCGAGCCGGAGGUGGUGAAUGCCGGGCACGACUACGGCCAGCCUGACUCUGCGGCUAGCCUGCUGACCAGCCUCAACGAGCUCGGAGAACGGCAACUCGUCAAGGUCGUCAAGUGGGCCAAGGGCAUGCCAGGUUUUCGGAGUCUGUACGUGGAUGACCAGAUGACAGUCAUCCAGCACUCCUGGAUGGCAGUGAUGGUGUUCGCUCUGGGCUGGAGGUCAUUUAAGAAUGUGAAGUCCAGGAUGCUUUACUUUGCUCCUGACCUUGUUUUCAACGAGCACCGAAUGCAGGUGUCCACCAUGUAUGAACACUGCAUCCGGAUGAAGAACUUCUCCCAGGAGUUUGCUAUGCUGCAGGUCUCCCAGGAAGAGUUCCUGUGCAUGAAAGCUCUGCUUCUCUUCAGCACCAUCCCCGUUGAAGGGCUGAAGGGGCAGAAUUUCUUUGACGAGCUGCGGAGGAGCUACAUUAACGAGCUGGACCGGCUGGUUAGCUUCAGGAGCAAGUCCAGCUGCUCCGAGAGGUUCCAGCAGCUCACCCGCCUCCUGGACUCCCUCCAACCUGUUCUGAAGAAGCUCCACCAGUUUACGUUCGACCUUUUCGUCCAGUCCCAGAACCUCUCCAACCAAGUUUGCUUUCCCGAGAUGAUCUCAGAGAUCAUAUCCGUGCACGUGCCAAAGAUUCUCGCUGGCACGGUGAAGCCAAUCCUCUUCCACAAGUAGCCAUCUCCUUUCCUUUUCGCUCCGCUAGACUCUGUCCUGAUCCACGCUUCUUCAGCGUGGCACUGCGCCUACAUCCACAUCCUUCUCAUAGCUCAAUGCUAAACAAAAUGGCGGAAUUACAAAUGUGUAGUUUUACUACCAGGGGUUUCUGAUUAUUGAGAUUUUUCCAAAGCUGGUUUUAGCAUUUGAUCUCCGCUAUAUUGUCGUAUUGUCUAUACAAGGUCUGCAUUUUCUAAUUACUCUCUUGGCUCAUUUUACAUCAGUGCUUUUAAGAUCCCGGGAUGCAAAGACCUGCGUUCUGUCUUCAAAUCGGUUUACAAAAACAAAACCAAUUUAUAUGUACACUAUACACGACAACAUGCUCAGUGUUAAAUCUACUAUGACAGAGUCCACUAGGAAUCCAAUAAUUCUCUUUUCAGUGUUCAUCUACAAAUUGAACGAUAUUGCGUAUGCGUCGCUACACAGUUAUGCACAGCUGUGUCUAUCAUUGUUAAUAAGUCAUCUGGUUGUUUAAUUAGGAUUUUCCAGAUAAAUAAUCGAAAAGGUUUAAGUAAUUUUCAUUUAUAGUGAUUCAUGCAUGCAGGUAUAUUAAUCUCCAUAGCUACCGAAUAUCAAUCUGUUCAUAUAACCAUGUAUAUACCUAUAUAUACCUGUAUAUACGGAGAUAUACAUGCCUACAUACAUACAUAAAGAGUAUAGACCUUUGUGUGUGUGCAGAACACACCACACACACACACACACACACACACACACACUCUCACGCACGCACACGUUCUUAGCUGGUGAAUGUAUAAACAUGCUAAAUGUCGCAGCCACAGAUUACAGAUUAAAUGUUACCGUAAACGGAAUGAUCCGAACCGUCUUUUUGUUUUAAUUAAUGAAAUAUAUAUUAAAAAAAAGAUCCUUUCCACCAAGUUUUGUGAACUCAAACAGGACAGUUAUUGAAAUAGCUUUUUUGUGUUGAUCACAGUGUAUUUGUUUUUUUGUUGACUCUGGUAUGAAGAUUUAUUUCUGAAGAGCCAUACAACUCCCAAACUGCCAAGGAGGCUACCACCUGUUGUCACUGCUUUGACUGGUUCGCGUUAUAUUAGAGUUUAUCAUUUUUAGCGCUCUGAAUAUCAUUACUCUCGUAUGCUCAUACCUGUAAUUAUAAUAUUGACACAACUGUAUGGACUAUUCUGUAGGUAUUCUAGUGUGGUUUUUACAUGAAAUGAAAGCUAUGUCUGCAUAAUUAAAACAAUUGUAAAUGUAAUUCAUGCAAUUAUUGUACAGUUCUGAUCUCUGAUAUUUUGUGUUUGUGUGGUCAUUAUAUUAAUUCGUUGGCCAUAACUCUUAAGUUGAAUUUGAUUAUAUUUUUAUACAAAUGCUUCCCCUUUUAUUUUAGAAAACCAUUUAAACUAUUUGCUUGUGUGACUUGUGGCCACAGAAGUGCAAAUUAUGCUAUUCAGAUAAUCAAAUGUCAAAAAAAAAAGUAGGAGGAAAUAUUCUAAAGUUUUGCAUUUAUGCCAAAAGGGCACUACCUUUCUGCAGAAUCCAGCUUUUCCGAGCCAGCUGUUCAUAAACACUAUGCAGUGACGCAUGCUUGUUAUGUGAUACAUUCGUAAGAAUGAAUAAAGGCACCCAUUCGUGAUUUAAAGUGCACAUCAGUGUAGCAGUCAGAAUUUUUAUUUAAUCUUAGGACUGGAAAACAGAGGCAACUGUGGCCUUUGAGACUGCAGUUUGGCAGUUAACAUGCAGCUCAAAUUGUAGAAUUAUAUGCAGGUGGUACUGAUAUUGGCCUGCUUUUAACACCAUAACUGCCAAAUACUAAUGAAUAGUCCCAAGGGAAAUGCAGUCUUAAAUGUAACAUGAUAUAAUGUGUAUUUCAGAUGCUUAAAUUCCUACUGA